AUGGGAAAAAACAAAGGCGGAAAGAUUAUAUAUUAUUUAAUUCAUUAAAAAAGGCAUAAAAAUGUCUAAACCUCGAAUAAAAAUAGGGCGCAAUAUUAACCUAGAUUUUAUACAACUAUACAAAUCAACGUGGGACAAAAUUCACGUGGAAACAGAUGUAUUUCGUUAUAAAGUAGAGAAUUUAAGAGAAAGGAUUGUUAACGAAAAAUAUUUAUUACAGCUUAAUCCAGACAGAAGUAUGAAGAGACGAAUACCAGAGCAAAUAGACAAUAUUUGUCAACCUUUUGAUGAAAAUAAGUUUAAUUUUACCAAAGCAUCAAUAGAAGAAACUAUGUUCAUAAUUGUCAAUGAUGAUAAUGAUGUAGAACAUGUUGUUUUAGUUAAUGUCAGUCCAAUAUCUCGCUAUCAUUCCCUGUUGUGUCCGUCAAUGUACAAAUGCCUACCUCAAAUUGUAACCAAAGAUAGUUUGCAGUUGACAAUUGAAAUUAUGUUUUGUGUUCGGGAUCGCAAUAUAAGAAUUGGAUUUAAUAGUCUAUGUGGAUUGGCAUCUGUGAAUCACCUACAUUAUCAUAUUUUUAUAGAAGAAAAUAUUCUGCCAGUUGAAACAGCGUUACAGAAAUGUAAACAUUUGAAAGGUCCAGUCUACAUUCUCGAUGAUUAUCCAGUUCCAGGUUUCUGUUUUGAAGUGACAUCACAAAUUAAUGAACCUUCUGAGAAUAUAUAUAAACUAAUUGAUGUUUUAUUGAAGAAGUCUAUUGCACAUAAUAUAUUUAUAACAAGGGGACAAGCUGUGGUGGGAGAUGGUGAAAUAGUAAGGGUAGUUAUUUGGCCGAGAAAGAGUAGUUCGGGAGCGAAACAUCUUGCAGCAUUUAAUAUUGCUGUUUGUGAAUUAAGUGGAUGGUUUCCUGUUUAUGAUAUUGAAUGUUUUGAAAAACUUACCGCUAAAGAGUUAGAAGAUGAAUUAAGAAAAUGGAAAUAUGACAGAUUUGAAGAUCUUUGUGAAGAUGUCAAACAGUUAUAUUAAUAAUGGAGUCAAACAAGAUGCUGACAUGUUGAUAAGUAGUUGUAGGACAGAGAUCCCCAAACUAAUUUGGACAAGUGGACCCCCCUUUUCCAAAAUGAACUGUUACCUCAGACCC